AUGAACAACUCGGGUAACAAGGACUUUCGAGACCAGCUGGGCAAGUUCCGGCUGGAAUCGAUGGGCGGACCUGCUCCGACAGCUUGGUCGCAACCCACUGUGCAACCAACUGCCGACCCCGUUUCUGCAGCGCUUGCCUCCACCCCGGCUUCACGCAGCAAACGCGUCUCCACGGCAUGCGACUUUUGUCGCAAACGAAAAAAGAAAUGCGACUUUAGAUACCCCAACUGUUCCGCCUGCACCCGUGCCGGAGUCCGCUGCACCAUUCCCCCACCCGGCCCACAAGUCACAAACACCUCGGUGCCCCGAGAUCAGUUGGAGAACCUCCAGAAAAGAGUACAAUGGCUGGAGGAGGUGGUGCGUCGGAAGUCAGGCAUCGCCGUCGCCGAACUACCCACGGGGACACCUGUGGAUGGGGAGGGUGACCCCGAUUGGUGGUAUCAGGUGCCGGCCAUGAUCGCGACCGGGAGUCGUGCCGCGGCCGUCUCGAUUCCCAGUCCAGCGGGGAGCGGAGGCUCAUCGGCGACCGUUGCGCCGCCUGGUUCAGAGUCAUCCACGGGUGUGGGAACCGAGCUGCCCAACGUGGGAGAGAUCUUUCGCGAUCAGCUGGAGCAUCGGCGGCCUUCAGUGGCACGUCCUUCUACUGCCCCACGCGUCUUACGCUUGUCAUCACUAGAUGAAGCCAUGAAAGUGACUGGGCAGUAUUUCGAUAGCAUGGGCUAUCAAUACCCGUUCAUCUCGCGACCCGAGUUUAUCGCCCACCUGCGACACAUUUAUAGCGGCGGCGUGCCGUCGCCUGAAGUCCACAACACCUACCAUAUAAUCAUCGCCAUCUCUUUAUUGAUCGGAUCUGCCGAUCCAACAGAGGCGGCCGAGUUCUAUCAUGCCAGCCAGGAGACUCUUCCCCUGGCAUUGCAGAACGAGGACUUGCCCGCCGUUCGGGCCUUAUUGGGGUUAGCGCUAUACACUAUGUUUGCGACAGCAGGGCCCAGUAUCUGGCAUGUUCUGGGAACGACCAUGCGCCUGGCGAUUAGUCUCGGUCUUCACAAGGCCCGAUCCUACGAGAGUGUGGCAGAAGAAGAGAUGGCCAAGCGCGCGUUCUGGAGUUUGUACAACCUGGAUCGUCUGAUUGCCAGUACGCUUGGCCGACCGCUGGGGAUCCCCGAUGACGAUAUUAGCGUGAGUCUUCCACGGGAGCUUAACGACGACGGAACUGAAGCCCCAGGCGCCAGUGCGAUGACGAUCCCGCUGCAAGUGAUUCGUCUUCGCCGGAUAUUUUCACGCAUCUAUCGAUACUUACACAGCAGCCUUCCACGGCCUCCCCCACAAGAAGUUGCCGCAACGCUGGGGCAAUUCCGGCGCGAAGUAGAUGACUGGCGCAUGACGGCUCCAGUAUAUCCUUCGGCACUUCUUUAUUCCACAUCCUACUACGAUUACCUGUACUAUACCACCCUUCUUCUCAUGUACCGUCCGAGUCCACGAAAUCCUACUCCCGAUGUGACUAGCAUUGUCAGCUGUGGCGAUUCUAGCGUCCAAGUGAUCCGCUCCUACUGGGAUAGCUUUUCCGUCGGCAAAUUGAAAUGGAUCUGGUUAACGCUCAGUCAAGUCUACUUCGCAGGCAUCACCAUUCUAUGGUGUCUCGAACAAAAUGCUCGGUCAUUGCGCGAAGGUCGGCCCACUCCAUGGAAUCCAGAGGAACAGAUGAUGCGCCGUGGAAUACAGGCAGUCAUCGUUCUUCUGGAGGAGUUUGGCAAGCGGCGACCGGGGGUUGAUCGACUUGCGGAGACGUUCCGGCAUCAAAGCACCAUGAUUUUUAGCCAGAUGGCUUAUCAACAGCAACAAUUGGAAGAACAACAAAGACACCAACAGCAACAGCAGCAACAGCAGCAACAGCAACAACAGACACAGCGUCUAAUGCCACCCCAAUCCUCAAUAUCCUUAGCCCCACCACCAGCGCCCCCCAUACCAUUGGCUCCAGUUCUGGACGAUGUUCUCUUGGUCGAUUCCAGUGGAGCCAUGCCUAUGAUUGAUCCACAAAUGGCGGAACAAUUGUAUUAUUCUUACAAUUGGUUCCAGGAGGAGAUGGCGACUUAUUAUACCCUUUGA